CUUUCACUCUUUAUAGACCCCUUGAAGAAAGAGAAAAAAAUGAAUAUUUACUUAUUUUUGAAGUCUAAGAAAUCCUAGCUGCAGUGCUAAUCUAAUUGAAUUCUUCCAGAUACAUAAAGUGAGUGACAUUCUUAUUGAACGUGUGAAGAAACAGGCUUGAAGAUUUGGAGUGACGAGUUCAAAUUUUUACAGCUAGAAAGGAUUUGAAUCUUGGACUUCAAAUAAUAGUAUUUAACGUUUAAUGAACGUUAGCAUUAGGUCUGGUUAGCGCUUUAUAUACCCUACAAACUUGGGAAGCAAAAGCAAUAUUUUACUUUUGUCGAAUCUGAGGUUUAAAGAAGUGAAGUGACUUGCCUCAAGUAUUUCUGGUAUUUCAAGCCAGAUCUGCCCGGUUCCAGAAUUCAUGCUUGGUGGCAAGAGAUUAGUUGAAAAUCCAGGCUCUUCUGAAUCCAAAACCCAUCUGUGCUCUAUGUAUUCAAUCAGGCCUGAUUUUAAACAUGGGUCAAGAAUUAGCAAUAAUGUGUUCUUUGGUAAGUCAAUUACCUUCUUAACAUUAGCUUCUUCAUUUGUAAGAGGGGGUGACAAUAAAUAGCUGUCAGCGUUGGGAGGUUUCAAUAUAGUUAUACACACAGCAGUCCUCCAGCAAAUGAUGGCAUCUCUCUCUGCCACCUUUUGACAACCAUUACUAUUUCUCCCACCCCUACUCCCUACGUUCUCUCAGCAGACUUCAUUCAUUCAUUUCUGGCAUUGGGAUUGAGGGCUCGGGAUCUUUCUGUUUUGAGAUUGACAAAGUCAAUCCAGGAUGAGGGUAAAGAGAGAAGAAAAUGCACAGCAGUCAGUGUUCCUGAAGUGUCCAGACUCCACUCAUGAAACUUUGUGCGACUGAAUUAAAUUAGUCUCUGGAAGGUAAUUCAGCUGACUGCCUGCCUGUGAUGACAAGUGGCAGACUCAAUGGUGAUUCUGAGAUUAAGAGUUGCAUCGGAGGAUGGGAGUGGGUCAGCUGACAGCCAGACAACAGGCAGCAUAACCUAGGGGGGUCCUAGUGGUCAGAACAUUCAGUAGACUGUGUUUGUAAAGUAGUUUGGAAGAGACGUGGGAGGUGAAGAAUGGGGAUGCCUUCCAAAGGGUGAUGGUUAGUUGUGGCUGGAGGUUGGUAAGGGAAGAAAAGAAUAAGCAAGGAAUGUGGUUAGAACCUGGUGAAAUAGGGCUGGGUUUGUCUCUGCAUAAUCAAUUUCACCUAUGUUUCCCACCUCACUCCUCUUCCCCCACAGGGUCUGGCUCAUAGAAACAGACUUAUAGAAAUGAAUUUCUUUUCACUGGAAGAUUAUAGGUCUUCAUGUGAGUCCUCCAAUGUAGAUUUCGAAUGCUAUUCUGCAGAGUACCCAAGUGGUUGGUUGGCUGAAAAGGAGGAAGAUAUGGCUCAUGACCAGUUUUCCUUUCUCGUCAACAUCAGCUUUUAUCAUACAAUUUCCUUUUAUCACUUUGGUCAAGAGGAGGGGCAGAAAAUUUUGAGUUGGAGUAUCAUUCAGAGACAGUUCAUUUCUGCCUUCCAUCUUUCAGCCACUCACGCACCCAAGGGAUCUGGGGUUGGAAAGGCCAACUUCUCUCACCUAAUUUUUGGGUCAGCUUUCUCUGCCUGCCUCGCUGCAUGGCACAAAUACAGAGAUGAAUGAUCAAGAAGUGACUUAUUCUGUCCUGAGAUUUCUUCGGUCACCUUCGGAGUCACAAAACAGAUUAAGGCCUGGUAGUACUCAAAGCCCUGGCAAGACUGACGGAAAAGACUCUUCAGUGCCCUGGUGUGGCAUUGCAGUGACUCUUGGGACCCUCUGUUUACUUCUAUUGGUGACAACCGCAGUGUUGGGGACAAAGAUUUUUCAGUAUAUUCAAGAAAAACAUCAACAGGAGGAAAUUCUACGGAACCUCAGUCAGAAGUACCAUGUUAUGCAAAAUGAGAGCUACUUAAAAGAACAACUUUUGAUAAAUAAGAAUUUAGAAUAUGAUAUGCUAAAAACUAAAACCCUUCAGCAAGAAAAGGGACUGGACUUACCUCCUACAAAAAAGAAGGAAUGUCAUAAACAAGAGGAGAUCUUUUCAAAGUUUUGGCGAAAUAUAGGCAAACUCAAUGAAGGCCACUGGUGCUGUACAGGAGUAAACUGUUACUACUUUACCACUGAAAGUAAAGACUGGAAGGGAUGUAAACAGACUUGCCAAAGUUACAGUUCAUCUCUUCUGAAGAUAGAUGAUAAAGAGGAACUGAUCUUCCUUCAAUCCCAGACUUAUCGAAGUUCCUACUGGAUUGGUUUAUCAUUUAAUGAAAGGGAAAGUAAGUGGAAAUGGAUUGACAAUGGCAUAUCUUCUGGACUUAAUUUGGCAAUAAUGACUUCUUCUUCUGGGAGAGGAGAAUGUGCAUUUUUAACCUCAACAAGAAUAGCAAAUAUUGAUUGCUCUAACACCUAUAACUGUAUCUGUGAGAAGAGAAUUGAUUGCUUCAAAUAGACACUAAGGAGAAAAGAAACAGAGAUGAGAUGGAGGACGAAGAAAAUGCUCUUUUGGACUAUGGUUAAAGACAUCAGAUGCCAUCUGUCUUCUUGGGGAAGAGAGAAUCAUUUUGUCUUUGGAGAGCAGUUACCCCUCUCUUUAAUGGCCUUGAGGAAUUACUCUCUCUUUCCCUGAAACAUCCACAGAAUCAAUUAAAGAGCUCUGAUAAAUAGCCUGGGUCUUUUCCUUAUCAAUAGGAUAAAUCAUUUCAAUAGACUCUGGCUUUGAGAGAUCACAGUUAAUAACCAAAAAGUAGUUAUCUUCCCUCCCACCCCAUCUAGAUGCUUGACUCUCAUUAAAAAAAAAUAAUUUUGCUAUAAUUUCAAACUUACUGAAUAGUUGAAACAAUAGUACAAGGAACCUUCAUAUAACCUUUACCCAUAGUUACCAUUUGUUUAUAUUUUACUCUGUGUGCCCUUUAUAGUUUUUUUUUCUCUCUGUCUCUCUCGUUGCUGAUUCAUUUGAUAAUAAAUUCAGGACAUUACAUCUAUUUGUCUAAAUAUUUCACAAGAACAAGGACUUUGUCUUCUAUAACCAUAGUACAAUUGUCAAAAUCAGGAAAUUUAUCACUGAUACAGUACUAUGAUUUCAUCUAUAGCCCAUAUUCGAAUUUUCUCAACUGUAGCUCUAAUGUCAUUUAUACCUGUUUUUCCUCUUUGUUCAGGAUCAUGGGAUACAUUUAGUUGGGAGGUCUCUUUAGUCUCCUUUAAUCUGGGACAAUUCUUCAGGAUUUCUUUGUCUUUCUUGACCUUGACAUUUUAAAAAUCAACUCUAUUGAGUUGUAUUUUCAUGCAAUAAAAUGCAUUCAUUUUAAGUCAUGAGGUCAGUGGGUUUUAAACAAAUAUAUACACCUCUCAAACACCAUCAGAUCAAGGCACAGAACAUUUCCAUCACCUCCAGAAGUUCCUUUCUCCCUCUCACCACCCACCUGGUCUCAGGCAACCAGUGAUAUGCUUUCUGUGACUAUAAUUUAAUUUUGUCUGCUUUGUUACAGAAUUUUUGUACAUCAUAUAUUCCUUUGUAUCUGGCUUGGUUUUGCUCAGCAAGUUUUUGACAUAUUCCAUGUUCUUUCAUGUAUCAGUAGUUCAUUCUUUCAGUUACUGAGUAGUAUUCCGUUGUAUAGAUAUACCACAGUUUGUUCAUCCAUGUUUGGACAUUUGACAUGUUUCCAGUUUUUGGCUAUUGUGAAUAAACCUGCUAUG